UUGGCUGAUGAGUGGCGGUCAAUGGAGGUUGCCGUAACGCACUCCACAGCCUGCCAGUAAUCAAUCGCGUGGGGUGAACUAAUACGUGAAAAUAUAUGCCGAUUACCGCUCAGGAUAUGAGUAGAUCAACCGGGAGACGAAUUCAAUUUUCGACGGGUCGCAUGAACAUUGUACAGCCAGUCCCAGCCGCCUGGUAUUCAGGCAGAUGCCGUCAUUGCAGAAUCCACCACCAUGCGGUCUUACUCGCGGCUUGUGGCAAUAUAUCCAACGCGUAUAAACACACAGUCUACUAUCCCCCACUUCCCGACGUGUUGCAUUUGGAUAUAGUGUGGAUAUGGGCGGGAAGCUCACUGAGAUAGUUGAUAAAACUCAUUCAACAGGCCGUAGGAGGAUAUGCGGGCAUCCACCGUUACAUAUACCGGUCCCUCAUCUUCUAAUUACGUAGGAUGAAC